GCGAGCAGAGCAAGUAGUGGGAGAGCGAGUCGAGUGACAUGUAGGACGGAGCGCAGUUAACCUAGGUCUCGACAUUGGCAAUGCAGUGUGCGCUAGUGUCUUAAAUCCCUCUAGAUAUGAGCUAGCCAGUGAUCAUCAUCCCACUGACGAGGCCUGCGACUCACUGAAUCCGGAGUUUAGGACUGAAACCGGUUAGGAAGAAAAGGGAAAGCUUCGGGCCGGGAGAGCCAAAGACCACAACGCCGGUUUCCGGGGAUUCAGGGCAGCAUAUAGAAACAGCAGAAGGCGGUCUUCGGAAGGGCGAACAUCCAUUAGAUAUAAUUUGGAUAUACAACCACUGCUGUAGUGGAACCCUAAACAUGUCAAGAAAGGUCCACAGAACCGAAGUAUGCGCCGACUGCAGUGCACCAGAUCCAGGCUGGACCAGCAUCAACAGGGGCGUACUGAUCUGUGACGAGUGCUGCUCGGUGCACCGUAGCCUGGGACGCCACAUCUCCAUCGUCAAGCACCUGCGGCACAGCGGCUGGCCCCCUGCACUGCUGCAGAUGGUGCAGACUCUGGCCAGUAAUGGGGCUAACUCGAUUUGGGAGCACUCCCUGCUUGACCCAGCACAGGUGCAGAGCGGCCGCAGGAAACCCAACCCACAGGACAAAGUUCAUCCCACCAAGUCCGAGUUCAUCCGCUCCAAGUACCAGAUGCUAUCCUUCGUCCACAAGCUGCCGUGCCGCGAUGACGACGGUGUUACCACCAAGGAUCUCAGUAAGCAACUGCACUCCAGUGUGAGGACGGGGAGUCUGGAGACAUGUCUACGGCUGCUGUCUCUGGGAGCACAGGCCAACUUCUUCCACCCGGAGAAGGGCACCACUCCACUCCACGUGGCAGCCAAGGCAGGCCAGGUUCUGCAGGCAGAGCUGCUGGUCGUGUACGGAGCCGACCCCGGAGCCCUGGACAUCAACGGACGCACACCCAUGGACUACGCCAGGCAAGCGGGCCAGGUGGAGCUGGCAGAGCGGCUGGUUGAGUGUCAGUACGAGCUCACAGACAGGCUGGCUUUCUACCUGUGUGGCCGACGCCCUGAUCACAAGAAUGGGCAUUAUAUCAUUCCUCAGAUGGCUGACAGUAGCCUGGACCUCUCAGAACUGGCCAAGGCAGCUAAGAAGAAGCUCCAAGCGCUGAACAAUCGGUUGUUUGAGGAGCUGGCCAUGGAUGUGUAUGACGAAGUGGACCGCAGGGAGAACGAUGCAGUGUGGCUGACGACUCAGAACCACAGUACUCUGGUGACGGAGCGCAGCGCGGUGCCCUUCCUGCCUGUCAACCCCGAAUACUCAGCCACACGCAACCAGGGUAGACAGAAGUUGGCCCGUUUCAACGCUCGUGAGUUCGCAACGCUAAUCAUCGACAUCCUGAGUGACGCCAAGAGGAGGCAACAGGGGAAAGGCCUGAGCAGCCCUACCGAUUCUAGUCUGGACCUGGGGGCCGACGACGACCAGCAUGACUACGACAGCGUAGCGUCGGACGAGGACACGGACAGCGAGCUGACCACUCAGAACAACAACAACACACAGCGCAACAACCGGGCCAAGAGCAUGGACUCGUCGGACCUGUCAGACGGGCCCAUCACUCUGCAGGAGUACCUGGAGGUUAAGAAGGCCCUGGCCUCCUCCGAGGCUAAAGUCCAGCAGCUGAUGAAGGUCCCUAAAGGAGAGAAGCACGGCAGUGGCACUGAUAGUGACUAUGACAACACUCCUGAUUGUGUGCGUCCUACAGUAGGGGGCGCAGCAGUGAAGAGGAGGGCCGGGGGGAGUCGGAGGAGUGGGGUGGGGGUGAGGGGGGGUGAGCCGGAUCCUACCCUGCCCUGCACCGAAGACGUCAUCCUCAAGACGGAGCAGGUGACCAAAAACAUCCAGGAGCUUCUGAGGGCCGCACAGGAGUUCAAACACGACAGUUUCGUUCCAUGCUCUGAGAAGAUCCACUCUGCUGUCACUGAAAUGGCCUCUCUCUUUCCCAAGCGGCCCGCCCUAGACGCCGUGCACUGCUCCCUGCGCCUCCUGGCGUCCAGCGCCUCCCGCCUCCAGGUGGAGUGUCGCAAGGCGGCACCCCCGGACCCGUCAGCGCCCGCCGUCGACUACCAGCUGCUCACCCAGCAGGUCAUCCAGUGCGCCUAUGACAUCGCCAAGGCCGCCAAGCAACUGGUCACCAUCACCACCCGCGAGAAGAAACAGUGACGGGGGUAGAGAGGGGACGGACAGGGGAGUGGCGAGGGGAGCUGCAAGACUGACGGAGGGAGGGGAGAGGGAGCAGGAGAGGGAUGGAGGUUGCCUCGAUUUCCAAGCUUCCUAGUCGAGUGAUGAACGACACUUGGAAGGUUGGCAUCUCGAGGGAGAGGGAAAUGCCAGCCAAGGGGAGAAGCUAUAUUGGCUGCAGACCGAAAAGAAGAUCUCUGAGGAUGAAUAAAUAGAAAAUGAGGAGUCGAAGGUAGGGAAUGAAGAGUGGGGGAAGACCAGGUGGUAAUAUUAUAUGACAAUAGAACAAAGCUGAGAAUCCACUGCAGCCCUUGAUACUAUACCUGAGUGGACUGAGUGCAGUUCUAUGGGGGAGGGGACUCUAAGGAGGAGGAGGAAUGUGGACCAUUGAGAGAGUAAUUGCAUGCUGGAGAUGGGCACUGCUCCACAGCGGCUCAGCUCUCAUCUCACUAUGAUCUCAGUCUAUCGUUCCUUUGGAGAGGGGGGGAUCCUUUUACUUCAACACCCCUCUCUGUGCAGCGCCUCAAACUCUGAUGAGACCGAGGCAGGCUGGGGCUGGGGCCAGUCAGUGUGGCCUACAAGGGGGCCAGGCCUUGGAAGAGAUCCACCCUACUCUACCCCUCUCUCAGACACCGCCUCCACUAUAGUCCCAGGCUCUGCUAAGGAGGGCCCUUGCUACUCUCUCAGACCCCCGGUACACUACAGCAUGUCUUGGCAUCGUGGACAAACGACUAGGGGAUUUUAUUUUUUUGCCAAUCCAUUGGCCUGUACCUCUGGGACAAGAAUUACUGACUUAAGAAAAAAAAAAAAAACACUUACACUGGAAUUAUUGUGAUUUAUUAUUAUGCCAAUUGAUUUGUAUUUUUACUGUCAUGAGUUACAUUAUCAUGUAUGUUUACUUUGACGUCGUCUCAUGUAUGAUGGUUCCCGUUUAGGGACCAGGAAGCGCUGUGACAAUACUCGCUCUCCUUCUGUCUGACUGGGUCUUGACACGUGCGCACACACAAACUCUUAACUUGUGAAAUGGUCCUGGAGCAGUCCAAUUCCUCCCAGGUGACAUUUCACUUUUUACUUCCUAUAGAUGAUUUGUUCUCUACCCGUCAUGUUCUAAUAUGUCAGUAGCCAAGGGGUUGAACAGAUGCCAAAGGGGUAGGGAAGGGGUAUAAUAUGCGAUCAGUAGAAAAAUCCCUGGAAGCGGCAUGACAGUAUUAUAUAUUAUGCAGCCAUUGGCUGCUUCAGUCGCUAGGCAAAGCUUAUCAUCUCAAUCGCACUACAGUGGGAUCCAUACAAAGCUCGCUCUUCAACAUAUGCCAACUCGAGGCAGACUAGCUAGAUAGGGAACAAAUGUUUUGUCAAAAUGACAAACUGCACCUGCUGUAGGUUGUGGGGGCACUGGGGAAGCUGCCCUGUUUUUAUACUGUGCUAAACAAAUGAACGGUCACACUUAGCUUAGUGACACGCACUCCACGUAUUUAGUUUGAUUUCUUGGCUUCAAGGACUUUAGUGAUCGUCUGUCGGAUGGAUCUGGGUCAUGUUAAUUAGGAACUAAACGGUUGAAAACGGACUGAAACAGGGAGACUACAUGGACCCCCCCCCACACACACACACACACACACACACACACACACACACACACACGGCUUGUGUGAUCCUAGACACCUGAAAGCGCUUCCAUGUCAGCUUGACUCAUGUUCUCUUAGCCACGGCGUCCCGUCGUUUCACUAUCCGCCUGACUGCUCUCGUGCUCAUUACAUUUAAUGAACCUGUAGGGGAUAAGAUCUUUUAUCUGUUCCCCGUCAAAUCAUGUCCAAAAGAUUGUCAAAUGUAACGUUCCAAUCAUGAUUGCCUUUGCACAUCUCCUGCUAGUCUGGCUUAAUACUUAGUGAUGUUGUAGCUGUUUGGGUUCCCUGAGUUGAUUAUCUAUCUCCAUCUCACACACUGGGACAGUAUCAAAUACUUUUUUCCCCAUUACAAUGUCCUCUGUUACCUCUCAGACAACCUGUUGUAGAAUAGAGGCCUAUAUAUAAACAUAUUUUCAUGCUAUUUUUUUAUUAAGCUAUAUGUUGGUAUUGUGUUUGGGAGAUCUGAUCUAUUUAUGCUUGCCGUGGUGGGUUCCAGGCCUGAGGGGGAAGUGAAUAGGGUCUGAAGUCUGCCACUGGUUAGCACUAAACUCAUCUCAAGUCUGAGGGGAAAGGGCUAUUGCACAAUGCUAUGCCUUCCCUCUUCUUAGUGAACACUUAGUACAGGGUCCCUUUUUAGUGGGAAUGUUGGGACAUGUCAGUCUGCCUCCAUGUUGUGCACAUGUUCACAUAUGCAUCCCAAACACACACACACACACACACACACACACACACUCUCGUCAUCAUGUUGUUCAGACAGUGGCACUGCUCUGUGCCCAGUACGGUUUUCUGUGUAUCACAAACCUGGGAGAUCAGCGAUGGGAGAAUAUAUUUUAACAGUAGUAAAAACUGUAAAAAGUAUAACAUUGAAAAAAGGUCAAUAGUAAUGGAAACUCAUAAGCUGUACAUUUCUAAUAAAAAUAAAAAAACAAACAAGUGAA